AUGUGCUCGUCAAUGGCGGCCACCAGCCUUCAACCUAGACGGUCUAUUGAUGAAGCCCACUGCCGCCACACCCUAGGACACUCCCGCGACGACGCCGCCAACUUCCACCCACACCACGAGAUCCCAUCUCCCCCAGGGUAUCAUCGAAACGGAGGAGGAAGAGAAAGCAGCACUGGUUCGUCGGCAGCAUCGACCAAGGCACCACAUCGUCGCGUUUCCUUAUCUUUAACGGCGAGGGCGAUCCUGUUUGCGAGUCCACCAAAUAGAUGUUUAAGAACCCUGUAUCCAAAGUCAGGACGUUAUAACCAUCCAGUAUGGCACGAGCAUGACCCGCAAGAACUUGUCAGCUCAGUCGAAGAAUGUAUUGAAGAGGCUCUGCGCAAGUUUGUCGACCUUGGCUACUCCAAGUCAGACAUUCGCUCAAUUGGCAUCACCAAUCAGCGCGAAACGACAGUAGUGUGGGACAAGCACACCGGCGAGCCCCUGCACAAUGCCAUUGUUUGGCCCGACACUCGGACGAGUGCUCUUGUGCGCGAAUUGAAGUCGCGCGAUGGGUCGGAGGAACUGUUGGACCUCUGCGGUCUCCCCCUUUCAACGUAUCCUAGCAGUGUCAAGCUGCUUUGGCUCCUCCAGAAUGUCGACUCCGUCAAGCAAGCGUACGAAGAAGGCCGUCUUGCCUUUGGCACCGUCGACUCCUGGCUCAUCUACAAACUCAACGGCGGCGCAAAAGCCGAAAAGGUUGUCCACGUCACCGACAGCACCAACGCCAGCAGAACCAUGUUUGUCAACCUCCGCACCCUGCAGUACGACGACAAGCUCCUGGGCUUCUUUGGUAUCGACAAGUCCAAGGUCCAAUUACCCAAGAUCGUCCCAUCGUCCGACCCAGAGUGUUUUGGCAAGAUCGCCAGCGGCCCAUUAGUCAAUGUGCCCAUUGCCGGGUGUUUGGGUGACCAGUCCAGCGCCCUGGUCGGCCAGUGCGGUUUCAGCCCGGGGCAAGCCAAGAACACAUAUGGUACCGGGUGCUUCCUCUUGUACAACGUCGGCACCGAGCCCGUCAUCUCCAAGUACGGGCUCCUCGCCACUGUAGCCUACGAUUUUGGCGGUGGCAAGAAGCCUGUAUACGCUCUCGAGGGUAGCAUCGCCGUCGCCGGCUCCGGUGUCAAGUUCCUCAUGAACAACCUCGGCUUUGUCGACGACUCGAGCGAGAUCACCUCGCUGGCAGAAUCAGUCCCUGACAACGGCGGCGUCGUCUUCGUCACUGCCUUUAGCGGACUUUUUGCUCCGUACUGGAUUGACGACGCCAAGGGAACGCUAUGUAAGGAACCGCCCACCCCCCUCCUUUUUAAGUUUCAUUCUAACGCCUCCGCAGUUGGUAUCACCCAUCACACCACCAAAGGCCACAUCGCCCGUGCGACUCUUGAAGCAACCUGCUACCAGACCCGCGCCAUCCUCGACGCAAUGGAAAAGGAUUCGCAGCACAAACUUGAGUCACUUGCUGUCGACGGCGGCCUCUCCAAUUCAGACUUGUGCAUGCAGACCCAAGCCGACGUUACCGGUAUUCCCGUCGAUCGCCCUGCCAUGCGCGAAACGACCGCUCUUGGUGCCGCUAUCGCCGCAGGCCUUGCCACCGGUGUGUGGCGGACAUUGGAAGAUCUCAAGGAGGUCAACCAGAAUGGGCGCAAGGUCUUCCAACCGCAAAUGGAGAAGGCCCAAGCGGAAAAAAUGUUCAAGAGGUGGGAGAAGGCCGUCGAGAUGAGCAAAGGGUGGGUCCAAGAGGAUUAA